GAGUCGAUUCUACACAUCCUCAGGAGGUUUUCUUCUUUCUCUCUUUCUACAUUGCUGUUGUGUCCACAUCGAGCAUUAUCAAUCUGACCCGCUCAUAUACCCAGAAAGCAUCGUCUUCUUUCAUUUAUUUCCUUUUCUCUUAUUUCUCUACCGUACGCACGGUGUGGUACGCUUGUGCGCUGUCUCCAGCUCGUGUUUGUUUCUCCCACCCUUAUUUGUAUUCUAUUUCAUUGUCCACCGAGGUGCUUCUCCUCUGUUGUUGUUGUUGCUGCGUUGGGGUGGUGCCACUGCAAUCUUGCCACAACACGUUCGCUUUCUUUUUCCUCUCUUCCUGCAACUGCUAGCGUCGGCCCUCCCUCGAAUCGGCAGCACAAAUACACACACUUAUCCGUGUAUAUCAUCGCCAUAUCAUCGCCGUAGCAUCCAUCGCAAACGACCAGGUACCCUCCGCAUCUUUGCGAUACUUUCCUUUUCCUAUUCAACACACAGAGAGGAAAAAAAAAACCAUUUACAAAGGGAAAAAAAAUGGACUCCGCCGUUCCCAACGUCAUCGUCAACCCCGAGAAGUUCGAGUUGGCGCUGCACGCCAACGAGGACUGCACCUUCGAGCUCACCAACGUCGGCUACGAGGCGGUCAUCUAUCGCGUCCGCACUACGGCCCCCCAGCGCUACUACCUGAAGCACUCGAAAGGCGUUGUGAAGGGCAACUCCUCGGCGAAGGUGACCAUCUUCCUCAACCGCAAGCACUUCGCGGAGGGCGUGCAGCCUGGCCAGCGCUUUACGAAAGACACCUUUCGCGUGGAGUGUGCGGUGCUGGGCGAGCAGGACGUCGUGGAGGCCCACGGCGCGAACCUGGCGAACUUGAUUCAGAAGAAGAAGGACGCGAAUGCUGCCGCGGUCGUGCAGAAGUACAUCUACUGUCGUGUGCUGCUGGAGGCGGAGGGGGGACAGGAGAACGCCGCGGACUCGGCCGGAGAGGCGGGCCGCACCUCCACGACGAACACCACCAACGCUGCGGCUGCGGCUGGUGUUGCGGCAGAAGGCGGCCCGGCCGGCGACAACGCGGGUGCCGAGGGCGGUAGUCGCAAGGGUAUGACAGCGAAGCAGAUGGAGCAGAACACACUGAAGGAGAAGCGGCGCCGCAAUGAUGGCGGGCAGAGCGUCGUGCGGGGCGGACACACGGGGAUGAUCCGCAUGGGUAUUGUGGCGGUGCUAGUGCUCGUGUUUGCGUGGUGGAUGGUGCGGGGUGGGGGUGAGGUGCUGGAGGAGAGCGCGGAGUAG